AUGAAAGACAUCGAGUUUAAUUUCAAUGAUGAAUGUUUAAAAGCCUUUGAAAUAUUAAAGACAGCCCUUAUAUCGGCACCCAUAAUGCAACCACCCGAUUGGGGGUUACUGUUUGAAGUUAUGUGUGAUGCAAGUGACUAUGCCGUAGGAGCAGUCUUAGGCCAAAGGAAAGAUAAAAAACUCCACGCAAUAUACAACGCAAGUAGAAUCUUGGACCCUGCACAGAUGAAUUACGCCACAACCGAAAAAGAACUCUUGGUCGUGGUCUUCGUGUUAGAUAAAUUUCGUUCCUAUUUGAUAGGAGCAAAGAUAUCAGUCUACACUGAUCAUGCAGCCAUUAGGUAUCUACUAGCUAAACAAGAUGCAAAACCUAGACUGUUAAGGUGGAUCCUACUGUUGCAAGAGUUUGAUUUGGAAAUCAAGGAUAAAAAGGGAGCCGAAAACGUAGUAGCUGAUCAUUUAUCUAGGAUGGAAGGUCUUAAACCUGAAGAAACACCAAUUAACGAUGAUUUCCCUUAUGAACGCUUAAUAGCACAAUUAGAAUCCAAAAGCGAUACAUUGGAACAACCUAAAGCGCAAACCAAAGUCGUUAAAACGUUAAGCACCGAAACCACACUGCCAUGGCGAGAUGAGAUGCCUCAAAAGGGUAUUUUGGAAGUAGAAAUCUUUGAUGUAUGGGGAAUUUAUUUUAUGGGACCUUUUCCGUCUUCUUUUGGAAAUAACUACAUACUUGUUGCUGUCGAUUACGUGUCUAAAUGGAUAGAAGUUAUAGCCUCACCAACAAACGAUGCACACGCAUAUAGAACCGCCUACAAGACACCUAUAGGAACCACACCUUUCAAAUUAGUGUACGGUAAAUCAUGUCAUUUACCGGUAGAACUCGAGCACAAAGCUUACUGGGCCAUAAAGACCUUAAAUUUAAUUUACACUGCCGCAGGCGAAAGGAGACUAUUAGAUAUCAACGAAUUGGAAGAGAUUAGAUUAGAUGCCUACGAGAAUGCUAAGAUUUACAAAGAAAUAACAAAGAAGUGGCACGAUAAGCGCAUCUCUAGGAAGGAAUUCAACGUAGGAGAUGUGGUGCUAUUGUUUAAUUCUCGACUUAAGCUAUUUCUAGGAAAACUUCGUUCAAGAUGGUUUGGUCCAUUCGAAGUUACUAAGGUAUAUCCAAAUGGCGCUGUUGAAAUUAAAGGAAAAUCAAGCGAUAACUUCAUUGUAAACGGGAAGCGACUAAAAUAUUAUCACAUUGUUGAAAACAAAGACUAUACUGAUAGUCUUAAACUCGCAGAGUUAACCAUCGAGUCGAAAAACUAA